AUGCCGCGCCACGAGCAGAUUCCCGACCUCGUCCACGACUCCAAGAUCGAAACGUCUGUCACGGGCAAUAGAAUCGAACAUGUGUUUUACGAGCCGGGUCGCACUCCCCAAGAGCGACAGAGACGGAGGACAGAAUGCUGGGAUCGCGAUGUCAUUCUAGGAAAGGGCGCAUACGGCAUCGUCUACAAGGAACGCCGGUGCAGUCAGGCCGGCACGUCGCAGACCCUCAGAGCCGUCAAGCAGAUCAGCAAAUCCGUGGUCGGCGGCGAGCCAUUGGAUUAUAUCAGGGAACUAGAAGCUAUUAUCAAAUUCUCACAUCGCAAUUAUUCCCACUGUUUUGUACGAUCCGACGGAUGGUUCGAGGAGGGAGAUUCAAUAUACAUCGCGAUGGAAUAUAUAGAGCAUGGCGACUUGCAGAAGUAUCUGAGUCGACCGCUCCCAGAGUCUGAAGCUAGGCAAAUCACGGGACAAGUGUUGGAAGGCCUCCACUUCAUGCACGACAACGGUUUCGUCCAUCGAGAUCUAAAACCCGGGAAUAUCAUGGUUGUAGGAAAAGGCCCAGACUGGUUCGUCAAAAUCGCCGACUUUGGUAUCAGCAAACGCCGACAAAAAGGUGUCACCACCUUGCAUACAUUACAGCGAGGCACCCUCGGUUUCGCGGCCCCCGAAGUGCUCGGCGUGAAGACAGGAGGGCAGGGGGGCUCGUACACGUUCGCGGUCGACAUCUGGUCCUUGGGUGCGGUGACAUACUAUAUACUCACAAAUAAGAUGGCGUUUGAUAAUGCCACCGACAUCGUCAUGUAUGCCAUGGGGAUGGGUGAGUUUCCGAUUGAGGCCCUGGAAAAGAACAAUGCAUCAGAAAAGGCCAAGGAUUUUGUCAAGGCCCUGCUGGCUGCGAACCCAGAGUCUAGGCCGUUGGUGGCGGCAACAACUACUCUUGCAUGGUUGGCCGAGCCGUUAACCAUGAAACCGGAGGACGUGAUGACGGAUUCAAGAAGUGAAGGAUUGUCACACAAACUCCUCUAUACAGACUUCUCUAAAGCCUCAGCUACAUGGACAACCAAUGUGAAUGACGUUGGCGAUCGCGGAGUGGACCGUUUGAGCACUUCAGAAAGCGAUUCAUAUGUUGAAACUACUAAUGAAAAUGAUACUAAUGACAAUGACAACGAGGAGACGUGUAAUGGCGACGGUGCCAACGAAGGCAUGGCAAGUCAAGCCGAAACCCUUCAGCCUGAAACCGUUAAAGUAGUCCCAGCUCAAAAAUAUGAGCCACCAUCUGUCGAAGACGCCACGGAUGAUUCGGCGUCCGAUUGCCCAUUGCCGUUACAUGCGGAUGCCAAGGUUGUCCUUGAUGAAGACGGGAACAGGACAGAGUCCGAGGAAAACGAGAGCGAAGAAUCAGUGCCGGAAUAUGAGUCAGAAACCGACGCUUCCGACCCCGUGGCAGACGUGAAGGUCUGGAGCUUCUGGAACCUCCAGCCGAGGAGCCAUCUGCCACUCUUGCGAAGCCUUCGAGACCAAGAAUCGUUUUGGAGCCUACAGGAAGGCCGUGGAAUCUGUAUAAGGCUUCACAGAGUGACGGACGUUGUGGAAUCAUCAGGUCCUAGGGAACGAAUGAGCGCGGGCUCAAAGACACGCAUCUGUUACGCAUGCAAACGCUCUGUACCCGAGUCCACGUCCGGAGCACAAGGCCCUUGCGGCCAUUGGCAUUGCGUCCAAUGUAUCUCGUGGUCGUUGAGACACGCAGCGGCUAGCUCUCAGGCAUUCCCACCAAGCUGUUGCUCAAACAAAAUCGCCUGGACACUCCCAAACGAGAUUGGCCUCUCCAUUGAGUCCGGCACCAAUAUUACUCGGAAACCGCUAGUUCGUUGUGGACAUCAUAAUUGCAAACGUCGAUUUGAACCAGUAUACUUGGUCAAAGACUCGAGGACGAAAGGCUGGCUAGUUUGUUGCCCAGCGUGUAAACAUACCUCGUGCUUCGAAUGCCUCCAAAAUCCAGAGAGUAAGGAUAAAAAAAAUCACAAAUCCCCUUGUGGGAAUAGUGGACGAACUCGAAGCAAUAAAACCUCAUCCUUCAAUCGAUCUAAAUUGAAGCGUGCCUACUUGGAAGCAUUGACGCGUGCCUACGUGGAAACACCGAAACACAAACAGAGGGCCGACUGGGACUUAGCGACCGACGAUAACGAGAGCGAUAAUGAGGGUGACGACUGGGAAAGUCACGGCCCCAAUACUGAGUCGGAAGGCGAAGGAGCAAAUGCUAAACACUUUAUCCGGCCCCUCAGGAAGAAGAAGAAGAAAAGGGUGACAGCCAAAGCUGUGCCUCAUAGACGAAGAUCCAACACCACGAAUUACGUGGAGCCUCCCACAAGGCCUCCCACAAGGCCUCCCACAAGAGUGAACACAGAUAUCCUGACAAGAAACGCAACACUAAACGAUCAUCGCACACAUUACAUAUCCUCUUUGAAAGCCAAUACCUUCAAUGGCGGCCAGAUAAUGUUCAGAGCACAUUUGAGUCACAUGCCUGAUGUCUUCUCUGUGGAUAAUGGCUCGAAUGGAGAUUCCACUUAUCUCCAUGGCUUAGUAGCUCAAGACAUUGAGGCAUGGAGAAACAGCGUAACUACUUCAAAUGUUUUCGAUGAUCUACCUACAUCUGGACCUUUGCCUGUGAAAUACUCAAAGACGGUUACUUUCGAAGAUACCGAGAACAGAAUGAACAGUGCGGGACGACGGUCUCCAAGAAAAGCAUUCAUUGGUCCACGCAUUUGGAGGGAUUCGCCUGUCCAAUCUUCAUAUCAGGCGAUGCCACCACCACCGAAUCAACACCUAUAUGGAUAUAAUUACGAUCCCAGAUAUCCCGCAAUGCAGCAACCCAAUCCGCCAUUACCAAGGGCGACGACUUCAAUACCUUACAGAGCAGACGAUGUAGUAUAUGACGAUCGACGAUAUGCUCGCCGUCAGGCCUACGCGGGCAAUGAUGAAGACUAUCUACAAGAGGAUCCAGGAUAUCCUCCGGCACAGCACCUCAAUCCCCAAUUUGCACAGAUGGAAACUGCAAAAGCCUACAGGACGGAAGAUGUAACAUACUCGCAGGACGAUUCGCGAUAUCAUCCCCCGGCAUAUACUUAA